GUGGGGCGAAGGGGCUGGCCGCGAAGGGGAAGAUGGCGUACCAGAGCCUCAGGCUGGAGUACCUGCAGAUCCCACCGGUUAGCCGCGCUUACACCACUGCCUGCGUCCUCACCACCGCCGCAGUGCAGCUGGAAUUGAUCACACCUUUUCAGCUGUACUUCAAUCCUGAAUUAAUCUUUAAACACUUCCAAAUAUGGAGGCUAAUCACCAAUUUCUUAUUUUUUGGGCCAGUUGGAUUCAAUUUUUUAUUUAACAUGAUUUUUCUAUAUCGUUACUGUCGAAUGCUAGAAGAAGGCUCUUUCCGAGGUCGGACAGCAGACUUUGUAUUUAUGUUUCUUUUUGGUGGAUUCUUAAUGACUAUUUUUGGUUUGUUUGUGAGCUUAGUUUUCUUGGGCCAGGCCUUUACAAUAAUGCUUGUCUACGUGUGGAGCCGAAGGAACCCGUAUGUCCGCAUGAACUUCUUCGGCCUUCUCAAUUUCCAGGCCCCCUUUUUACCCUGGGUGCUCAUGGGCUUUUCUUUAUUGUUGGGGAACUCAAUCAUUGUGGACCUCUUAGGUAUUGCAGUGGGACACAUAUAUUUUUUCUUGGAAGAUGUAUUUCCCAAUCAGCCUGGUGGAAUAAGAAUUCUGAAAACACCAUCUAUUUUGAAGGCUAUUUUUGAUACACCAGAUGAGGAUCCAAAUUAUAAUCCACUGCCAGAAGAGCGGCCAGGAGGCUUCGCCUGGGGUGAGGGCCAGCGCCUCGGCGGGUAAAGCGGCAGUGCCAAUAAUGGACCCAGCUGGGAAGGACUAAGUGAAUCAUCCAUUGGGAUUCUUCUAUCCUUUGUGUUGCAAAAGUGUGGACACUUUUGACAGCUUGACAGAUUUUAACUCCAGAAGCACUUUAUGAAAUGGUACACUAAUCCAGAAGACAUUUCAAGCAGUUUGCCAGUGAUUCCUCACUGCUCUGGUACUGAAAGUGUAAUCUCUUGGAGCCAAAAAACUGGAGAAGCAAACACCCCGCCACCUCUAGUGCACAAGUACAUGAGUACUUGAGCUCUGUGGUGUAAGGCAGAGCUUUUUUCCUCCUCCUCUUCUGUGAUAGACGAGGCCAUGGUGUAAAUGGAAGUUUCAGGGAGGACAAAAUAAAACUGAAUUCCAUCUCUCUCUCACUGAAUUAGAGCUUUUGUGUGUGAUCUUUUAAACGGUGAUACUGUAUUCCAGCUCUCCUGCAUAGGUGUGAACUUGGAGCAGUUUCCAGGCCCACGCUUCCUGUGUCUCCACAGCUUUCAACGGGAUUCCAUUUCAAGACUGGAAACGUGGCUAUAAUAUGCACAUCUUACUAAUUCAGAAUGCCAGCUCCAGUAGGAAGAAUUGUUUCUGUUGUCCAGAUAGUUUAUUCUCAUUGGGGUUUUACAAAACUUCAAGUUGUCAGACCACGUGGAAAAAAGGGGUUCGGGGCAGGGUGGUUCUUCCAAGCAGCAGGAAUUCAGCUCCAGGAGAGCCCAGCUACAGGCAGAAAGUUAGUGUGACAUCUGACUCCCUACGCCUGCAUUUCUCCAUUGAGAACUCCAGAGGAAGACAGAGGCCGCCUUCUUGUGAAGCAACAGAAAGAUCUUUAGACCUAGAAAACAAGUUAGAAUGUUGACUUCGGAGCCAGAUAAGCAGGUAGCAGUUAGGCAGGGUUACAUUUCUCCUGGGACUUUGGCUGAUUAACAUUUGUCAUUUGCUUCGUGAAAAGCCAAGAAGCUUUUCAGAGCCAAGUACCUGGUUUACCUUCCCAAUCAGGUAGAAAUUAGAUGGGUUCUGCAGAAAUAAGAACUUAAUGCCUGUGGUUCAAUCCUUAUCCAAAGUAGUAACUUGAGUGGGUCUCAGCAGGUUGGUGUUCAUGUUGCCUAAGUCAUUCCGGGAGCCCAGAGGACUAAAAUGGACACCCUCAGAAAAGAGAUUAUUUGAAAUAGUUUUGAUAAACAGCAUGUAGGCACAAGACUAUUUCCUAAGUAGUUGCAGACUUGAAGUGGUAGAAUAUGAGAUUUCCCUCAGAAAUGAAGGUUUAGAUUAAACACAAUAAACAUCCUAAAUGGGAAUUUUCAUAGUGUUUGUGAAGUGAAUAGUAUUUUAACAUCUGUCAAUGGAAUAUGCAUAAGGAAUGGAAUUUAACAUGCUGCUAGUUGGUAAUUUUGAAUAUGAUUGUUGCAAUUUUAUAGAAUAUGGGUUAAUGGGACUGCUUUUUUUCCUGAGUGGUUUAAAAACUUUAAAUGCCAAUCUUGGAAUACAUAAUCCUUAUGGGAUUCUUAAAUUGUCAUGUCUUUGUUCAAGAAAGCUUGAAUUUAAUUAGAAAGG